UAGAGACUGGGUUUCACCAUGUUGCCCAGGCUGGUCUCGAACUCCUGAGCUCAGGCAAUCUGCCCGCCUCGGCCUCCCAAAGUGCUAGGAUUACAGGUGUGAGCCACCACGCCUGACCGAUUCUGUUUUAUGUAUGGUGUUUAGAGAGUGAAAAUCACUCCCCAGGGGUGUUGUGAGUAAUUAGAAGGUAAGCAUAAAGAUAGAAAAAAAUUAUGACCCUUUAUCCUAGAGUUAUGCUCACUGUGUGACAGCGAUGUGGUCUUACCACAUUUGGCAGGGUCUUUUUGUUUCGUUUCGUUUCGUUUCGUUUCAUUUCAUUUCCUUGCCUUGCCUUGCCUUUCUUUUCUUUUUUCUUUUCUUUCUUUUCUUUUCUUUCUUUCUUUCUUUUUUUUUUCUGAGACAGGAUCUCGCUCUGUUGCCCAGGCUGGAGUGCAUGGUGUGAUUAUGGCUCACUGCAACCUCUCCCUCCUAGGCACAAGCAAUCUCCAGUCUCCUGAACUCAAGCCAUCCUCCCACCUCAGCCUCCCGAGUAGUUGGGAUUACAGGAACAUGCCACUGCACCCGGCUAAUUUUUGUAUAUUUUUUGUAGAGACGGGUUUCACCAUGUUGGUCAGGCUGGUCUCGAACUCCUGGGGUCAAGCGAUCUGCCCGCCUCGGCCUCUCAAAGUGUUGGGAUUACAGCCAUGAGUCCCCGCUCCUGGCAGAUUUGGCAGAUUAUUUAGGAGCUCUGACACCAUUCAGUUCUCAAGAAGACGUUUUAUUAGUUUCUUUUUAUGUGUGUAUGUAUAUACAAUCCCCCUAGUUUUUGUUUAGUCUCACAUCAUCCUAAAGACAUUAAAAAAAACCCUUGUAAACAAGUUGUAUUAGCUUCCUUUUCCCCAUUCCAUAGAAUUGUUUUAGUAUGGAUGCUGUACAAAGAAUUCAUGCCUGGGGGACUAAAGGAAAGUUCUCAAGUUCUUUUAAUUUUGAUUUGCAUCAAAAAGUCUGCUUAAUUUCAGGUUUCACCUCCAGGAGUCAAUCAUUAUGGACUUAAAGCUAUAGUAACUUUUGAAGAUCGUUUGUAAUUCGCUGUCUUUGCUAGGUUUUCUUUUCUAAGCAGGCUCAUUUCUGUAGUUCAGAAACUUAGCACCCACUAGUCGGGUACCCCUGGAGAGUCCUGGUACCCUCCCACCUCGGGCGCCUACGAAUCCUAGGCCUUUGCGUGUUGAUGGACUGAUUCGCGCUGCAAGAAGCCUCUCCGCUGUCACCACUGGGCAUUGGCAAUUGGUUCAGGGGGAACGGCGCGGAACCAAUGGGAGCGGUGGCUCGGGAGAGACCUUGGAGCGCGCGGGAAAGAGACCAAUAUAAACUGUGGCGGGAUAGUUUUCGGGUCCUUGUCCAGUGAAACACCCUCGGCUGGGAAGUCAGUUCGUUCUCUCCUCUCCUCUCUUCUUGUUUGAACAUGGUGCGGACUAAAGCAGACAGUGUUCCAGGCACUUACAGAAAAGUGGUGGCUGCUCGAGCCCCCAGGAAGGUGCUUGGUUCUUCCACCUCUGCCACUAAUUCGACAUCAGUUUCGUCGAGGAAAGAGCAUGUCCUUUGCAACCUGAUCACACAAAUGAUGAAAAAGAAUAGAACUUUCUCAUUCAUCUUUGAAUAACGUCUCCUUGUUUACCCUGGUAUUCUAGAAUGUACAUUUACAUAAAUGUGUUUGUUCCAAUUAGCUUUGUUGAACAGGCAUUUAAUUAAAAAAUUUAGGUUUAAAUUUAGAUGUUCAAAAGUAGUUGUGAAAUUUGAGAAUUUGUAAGACUAAUUAUGGUAACUUAGCUUAGUAUUCAAUAUAAUGCGUUGUUUGGUUUCUUUUACCAAAUUAAGUGUCUAGUUCUUGCUAAAAUCAAGUCAUUGCAUUGUGUUCUAAUUACAAGUAUGUUGUAUUUGAGAUUUGCUUAGAUUGUUGUACUGCUGCCAUUUUUAUUGGUGUUUGAUUAUUGGAAUGGUGCCAUAUUGUCACUCCUUCUACUUGCUUUAAAAAGCAGAGUUAGAUUUUUGCACAUUAAAAAAUUCAGUAUUAAUUAAACAUUA